AUGAAAAUACUAUAAAAAGUGGGUCGGGAAUAGAAAAUUAGUGACAUCUAUAAAAUAUCAAGAACUCAGUAAGUUUGCAAUUUAAGAGACUUAAGAGAUAAGAAAAUUUUGGUAAAUUUUUCAUUUAAAUAACCUAGUAAGCUAAUGAAUAUUUUUGCUUAGAAAUUAAAUCAGUAAUGAGAAUAUAAUUAGAUUAGGUUCAUAGAAAACGGAAAAUAAAAACUUUGAAAAUAAGAUCUAAUUUCAGUAUUGAAUCGUAUUAAAUCUGUUAUUACAUUUAAAAAUUAAAUCUAAUACGAUGA